AUGGCACCUAAGGUCAUUGUUCUUGCUCUUCUCUUUGUAGCCAUUGCUGGGGUGGCCAUGGCUAGCGACGCACCAUCUCCAUCACCUAAGCCAUCACCUACGCCAUCACCAAAAGCACUAUCUCCAUCACCAAAAGCACCAGCAUCAUCCCCCAAGGCCUCACCACCUACCCCAUCUGCGGAGUCUUCUCCUGCUGCUUCCCCAGCCAAGGAGGAGGAGCCAUCAUCUCCACCGGCUCCGGCUAGCGAGGCCACCGAACUCGGUGCUCCGGCACCAGCCCCUAUUGGUGACUUGGCACCUGCUGAGAAUCCUGCAUCAGUUGAUGACAACACCAGCGGUGCUUCCGCCCUUCGAGUCUCUGCUGUUGUCGCCGCCGUGGCUGGCUUCUUCGCCUUCUAA